GCAGCUUCUUCCGCCAGGAGUCCCUAGCAGCUCGGACUCGGAAACUGGCCCUAAGGCGGCCUGCUCCUUCUCCCCCCCAGCCUGCCCACCGUGGCCGGGGCCCCAAGGGGCGGCGGCGGCUGCCGGGCCUGUCGCGGGGCGUUCUCUCUGGCCGAGCCCUGGGCCUAGGGGGAGCGGGGCGUGCGGAGAAACGCCCCGGCCUGGCCCAGCCCCAGCCCGGCUUCCCGCGGCCAGUGACCGUGGCCGCAGGCCUCGCCGCGCCCACUCCAGCCUGGGGCGGGGCCCGGCCUCCCCGCCCCUCGGGCCUGCCCAGCGCCGGGUCACUCUCCUCCUCAGCCCUGCGGCGCUGUAGCCGCCUCCCUCCUCCGGGACCCGGCCGUCCCGUGGCUUCGGCUGCUGGGGAACAUGGAGUUUGCGGAGCUGAUUAGGACCCCGCGGGUGGACAAUGUGGUGCUGCACCGGCCUUUCUACCCGGCCGUCGAGGGGACCUUGUGUCUGACUGGCCACCACCUGAUCCUGUCCUCCCGGCAGGACAACACGGAGGAGCUGUGGCUCCUCCAUUCAAACAUCGACGCCAUCGACAAGCGAUUUGUGGGACCACUGGGUACCAUCAUCAUAAAAUGUAAAGAUUUUCGAAUUAUUCAGCUGGAUAUCCCUGGAAUGGAGGAAUGUUUGAAUAUAGCCAGUUCCAUUGAGGCGUUGUCCACUCUGGACUCCAUCACUCUGAUGUACCCUUUCUUUUACCGGCCCAUGUUUGAAGUGAUAGAAGACGGCUGGCAUUCUUUCCUUCCGGAGCAGGAGUUUGAACUCUACUCUUCAGCUACCAGUGAAUGGAGGUUAAGCUAUGUCAAUAAGGAAUUUGCUCUUUGCCCCUCGUACCCGCCAAUUGUCAUAGUGCCCAAAUCCAUUGAUGAUGAAGCUCUUCGGAAAGUAGCUACAUUUCGACAUGGAGGACGCUUCCCAGUACUCAGCUAUUAUCAUAAAAAAAACGGAAUGGUAAUUAUGCGAAGUGGUCAGCCACUCACUGGCACAAAUGGCAGACGGUGCAAAGAAGAUGAGAAGCUGAUAAAUGCUACCCUCAGGGCAGGAAAACGUGGCUACAUCAUUGACACUCGAUCUCUAACUGUAGCUCAGCAAGCUAGAGCCAAAGGAGGCGGCUUUGAACAAGAAGCUCACUAUCCCCAGUGGAGGCGGAUUCAUAAGUCCAUUGAGAGGUAUCACAUUCUUCAGGAGAGCUUAAUCAAACUCGUGGAAGCUUGUAAUGACCAAACACAUAAUAUGGACCGAUGGCUCAGUAAAUUGGAAGCCUCGAACUGGCUGACUCACAUCAAAGAGAUUCUUACAACUGCCUGUCUAGCGGCUCAGUGUAUCGACAGGGAAGGAGCAUCCAUAUUGAUUCAUGGAACAGAAGGAACCGAUUCCACACUUCAGGUCACCUCCCUGGCCCAGAUCAUCUUGGAACCAAGAAGCAGGACCAUCCGUGGUUUUGAGGCCCUGAUAGAAAGAGAGUGGCUGCAGGCUGGUCACCCAUUCCAGCAGCGCUGUGCACAGUCAGCCUAUUGUAAUAGUAAGCAGAAGUGGGAGUCGCCUGUAUUCCUUCUCUUCUUGGACUGUGUGUGGCAGAUACUUCGUCAGUUCCCUUGUUCUUUUGAAUUUAACGAGAAUUUCCUCAUCAUGCUCUUUGAGCACGCUUACGCCUCACAGUUUGGAACAUUUCUGGGCAACAAUGAAAGUGAAAGAUGUAAGUUGAAGCUACAGCAGAAAACGAUGUCUCUGUGGUCCUGGGUCAACCGGCCCAGUGAGCUGAGGAAGUUCACCAGUCCUCUCUUUGAAGCCAACAACCUUGUCAUCUGGCCGUCAGUUGCUCCACAGAGUCUUCACCUAUGGGAAGGUAUUUUCUUACGUUGGAACAGAUCCUCCAAGUAUUUGGAUGAAGCAUAUGAAGAAAUGGUUAACAUCAUUGAAUAUAACAAGGAAUUACAAGCAAAAGUAAAUAUCCUUAGGAGGCAGUUGGCAGAAUUGGAAACUGAGGAUGGGAUGCAGGAGAGUCCCUGAAAGAUUGCCCCCUGACACUCUUCAGAAGGACCUUCCCGGACCUGUAUCCCACCUCUUUCUCCUUUUGCCCUUCAGUUCACUUUUACACAAUAGCCUUGAACGUAAGGCUUUGGAUGUGGGAACCUCUAGUGUAAUGGAUUUCUCAAUACUUUAUGAAAGAAACUUACUGUAAUUAUUCAUGUUUCACGUGGCCUGUUAGGCCUCUUCAUUUUGGGAGCAGGAAGGAGGUGCUAGUCAUUUUAUUUUAUGUGAAACAGAUGACCUGUUUAAUGCCAUUCGUGUUAUACACCAUUUCAUCAUAAGCUUUUCUCUGUGUUCACUUUCCAAACAGUGCUCCACACCAGUCAAGGGUACAUGAUUAAUCUCUUUAGGGAGUAUUUGUUGGUUAAAACACGAUCAGACUUUUAACCAUUCUGAAUAUAGAAAUAUUUUUCAAAACUGAAAUGGUUGGUAAACCAAGAAUUUCCUUUUUAACAUGUCAUUUCCAGUAUCUUUGCCACAUAAAAUAGUCAUUCUCUUUAAAAUAGUCUUGGACUAAUGAAGCUGAAUUCAUUCUCAUUCUGGUUUGUCAAGAAAGGAAAAUCUGAAUAUUUAUUCAAGGUAAAUUAUUUUUACAAGGGCAACAGGUAUAGUCUUCUGAUAUUUACAUUAAGAAGAGGUAAAUUUAUUUUAACAGUAGACACUAAAAGUAUGUGCAAUAUAGAAAUCAAGUAGGAAUUUGUUACUGAUAUGAUAUCGUUACUGUUGAAUUGGUUUUUCAGGUUUUUGACCAUAAAUAUUAAAUGUGUAUCAAAUGCUGGAUAUAACAUUAAACCAUCAUUUACAAUAGAUGUUAAUUUGUUACAUUUAAGCUACAAAUAUGGUUUCCUUAAACCAGAGAUGCACUCCCCUUGUCUGAAGUUCUUAUUGCUCUGGUUUCUGUAAGUAUGUGUGUGUUAUACUGUGUUCUAAGUAUUCUAAGAGUUUACUAAUACUAAGGUUAAAACUUUCAUGGUGGCUUGAGCCUUUUGAAAAUUUAUCUUGACUCUGCUGAUUUGUCUAUUAUAUGUUAGGCAAAUAUAAUUUAAGCAGAGGUGAAAGUUUAUGAACAUGAUGCAGCUAUGUUUUAAACUUCAGAAACAGAUUUGAAGUGGUUCGACGUUAGAGAAACAGUGAUGACUAUAUUUACGCUAUGCUGGUUUAUGCCCACAACUCUGAAAGGUUGCGGUUGAGUGCUUUUCAUGUAUGUUUCUGUUUUGUGGCACUUCUCAUUUUAACAAAUACUAUCAAUUCUAGUUUUCCUUUAAAAGGAUAGUUGAAGAGUAAUCUUUAAUACCAUUCCCCCCCAUCUGUACAUAACCAUUUCAGAGUGAAGCACACCAAAACUGAACCCUGCUUUAGAGCUAUGUAUUGAGCUAAAAAUAUAAUUUUUAAAAAUUGACUCUAGCAAAAUUUAUGACCACAUUAAGAAACCUUGGAAAGUGGCAAAUACUUUCCAUCUCUAGUUGCCUACGCUUUAUCUUUUUUCUGUUUCCUCGACUUGUAGCAGAAGGCUAGACAACAAUCCACAGUCAGCUCGCUUUUGGUCCAUUUGCCUGCCUUCUCCUCUAAGCUUGGUUUUUGCCUGGACUGUGGUUGUGAAUCUCAGGGCGUUAAAGCCCUCACCAGAAGGCUAGUAAGCAAGGAGCAGAGGAGACGUUGUCUUGCUAUAGAUAUCUCUGUGUCAUGUGAAAUAUCUGUAGUAAUUUUUUAAAAGGGGAAAUACCAUAGCUUUUUUAUGGCCUGUCGAAAUUGUUCUGCAUUUGUUCACGCAGUUGACCUUUUUAUUUUCUCCUAUUUUUGUCUCAAGAUUAGAUAGGAAGAAGGAGCUUUUUUCUUCUCAGUUAACAGACCCAUAAGGAAAACCAUCUAGAGAUUUCUUUCGUGGUUCUUUAGAAGUGACUCUCACUGGUGAUGUUGGUUGGCCGUAGGGCUUCCCUGGGUGGGAACUUUGGAGGGUGUUUUCAUAGGUGUGGUCAUGGAGAGACUAUAUGCCAUCAGUUUAUCCCCAUCUUCCUGAUGAACAUUUUCUGUGCGAGCCAGAGUACAAUAGUAGCAUAGUGUUUCAGUUUCUUUUCUUUCUCUUAUUGGGACAGCAGUCUUAAGCUAUUUGGACAAGUUUGCAUUUUAGUAUUAAUUUAUAAUUAGAGAUUGUCCAAACGUCAGUUCUGUUUAUAGAUUGUAAAAACAAACUUUGGUAUCAAUGCACUUUUAAAGGAGUCAUCUAAUGCAAAUAUUAGGGUCUUCCCAAACUCUAAAACUCUGUCAAAAACAAGUGCACUAUCAAUAUAACUUGAAGAGGGUUUUUACUAAUAUUAUUAAGUUACCCAUCCCUUGGAUGAGAAGAAUACAUACAAUGGAUGUACGCAUGAGAAGAUACUUGUUAAACAUUACGUUUGGAGAAUUGCCAUUGACUUUAAAAACUUUAAUGAAGAAAAUUGUGGCAGAAAGUGAGCAAGUAAAUUGCCCCAUAGGUGCCAAUAAUAAUCAAGUGAGAAUAAUCAAGUUCAUGUAUAUUAGGCAUCUUCCAUAUUCAUUUAUGGUGAAGGCUGGUUUACCUUUUGGGAUGCAAAAAGUAGGCCCCACAAAGAAUAUUUUAAAAAUAAAAAGGAUUACUACAGUCCUCUAUCAGCAAUACAAGGAUCCUUAGAUUUAAAUUAAUAAUUUUUUAAGAAUCAGAAGAACACAGUUGGUUGAUUAUAUAAAAAUGCUGUAGCUUUUUGGGUGGUAAUACUUUUUAAUAAUUAAUUGGUCAAAAUUUUUCAUUUUGAUUUCAUUAAAUGGGAAGAAAACAGCAGAAAUUCUAAAAUUUAAUAGGUGUAAAACAACCUGUAAAUGUAUUUUAUUUCUAAGAAAAAUUAGGCCUUUGAAGCAAGAUUUUAAAGCACUUUUCAGGAAAACUUUGAAAGACAACAGACAGUCAUUUCAGAUCCUAUCUGGGGAAUUUAAAAACCUUUCUUUGAACUCUGAAGCCUGAUUUACAGAGGUGAUGUCAUUGCUUUUCAUUUCAAAGGAUGAAGUUUAGUGAGAUUUUAGUCUUUGAUUCAGUCAGAAUUUAUAGUAAAUAAAAAUCAAUAUCAUGGAAAAGAUUUGACCAGUAGUUGUCUCUUGAAGUGAAAAAUAGGAGGAACAUUUUGCUGCAUUUUAAAAAAUCUGCUUAAAGGUGUGACUCUUGUAGGUGAUCUAGUUUCAGGAUUAGCUGUUUGAAUUGUCAGUCUUCACUAGGUCAUCAGGGUCACUUAGUAUCAGACUUUAACCUAAGCAAAAGUUUUGAUAUCUACCCAUCUCCAGUUUUAAUGAAUGAAAACUGCAUGAGGAUAUUAUGAGCACUCUUUAUCAGAAAGUUAUUUCCUGGACAAAAAAAAUGGGCACUUUUUAGAAUAGUUGACCCCUGUUCUGGCAGCUUUGAAAUCUACCGGAGAAUGAAGUCAUUCAGCACGUCUGAUACAGGUUUCUGCUAUACCUCAAGACAACAUAGAUUCCUUAUUGCUUUCUCUUUAACACGGGUCAGAUCUUUUCCCCCUCCAGAGCUGGUAUCUUAAGUGAUUAUCAAAUAGUGUUUUUAUGUAAUUCAGCAUCUUAACAAAAAACAUUAAAAAGACUGAUUUCUCCAUUAAUGUUUAUUCCAGAUGAUAUGAAAUGCUAAUUUUCUUGCAGUAUCAGUUUUCUAAUUUUUGUUUUCUUGAAUAAAACUACUUCUGCCUUCACUCAGUCUGUAUAAUCUAGUGUCCACAGCAUCUUCUUCCUUUAAACCAAUAGUCCAGAGGAGACCCUCUGAAACUCUAGGACUAGGUUUCAGAAAGUCUAGACUUGUUAUCCAAAUUCCCUUCAAGAAACCCAACUUCCUGUUUUUGAGCUACCCUGCAGAAGUGUAGUUUCUGCUUAAUUUACUGAAAGAUAGUGGGGCUCACUGUAGACACUACAUUAUCCUGAAAAAUAAUUCCUGCUAAGAGCUUACUGACUUUUAGACCAUUCUGUUGAACUAUCUGUGGAUACACAGAUUAACUGUAUUUGUGAUUUGUAAUAAAAACAAGUUGUGCAACACUGCCUGUGUCUGUCUGCCCAGGACACUUGCUUCACUUGUAAAAUGCACAUGUCUUUGGAGAGGAUUAUUCUACACAAGUACACCCUGAGUUUCAUCCUUCAGAAUCCUCUUAGAUCAAUUACCAUCUACACUAAAAAUGUUGUACUUGCACAACUUAGUUGUAUAAGAAAAAAAAGAAUAUGUAUUUCUUCAAUAGCUGGGUAUUUGGAUUGUACUCUUGAUAUAUUUGAAUGUGACUCUUGGAUUUAAGUGCACUAUUAUUCAUGUCUUACACAAUAAAAUUGCACUGUAUGGCA